UCAAAAUAAGAAAACAAAUAGCGAAUUAAGGUACUCAAAUUAGAAAAUGGUGAGAACUCCUUUUAUUGACACUCAUGGAAUAAAGAGAGGUUCAUGGAGUGAAGAAGAAGACAACAAACUGAGAGCUUAUGUUGAAAGAUUUGGUCAUCCCAAUUGGCGGCAAUUGCCUAAAUAUGCUGGACUAAUGAGAUGUGGGAAGAGCUGCAGACUGAGAUGGAUGAAUUACUUGAGGCCUGAUUUGAAGAAAGGGAAAUAUAGCCAUGAAGAAGAGCAACUCAUUAUUAAAUUACACAACGAGCUUGGAAAUAGAUGGUCAGCCAUUGCUGCAAAAUUACCAGGAAGGUCAGACAACGAUGUCAAAAACCAUUGGCAUGCUCAUCUAAAGAAACGCGCGAGAUUAACAAAUAUGACCAAUUCAUCAAAUGUGGAGCAACUUACUGAAUCUUCGAUGUCUGGAUCUCAAAAUGAGCAAUCUUCUUAUAAAGUUUCGGAACAUGAAGCAGCUGACUGUAAUAUUAGAGAGGUGUCAGAUUAUCCUGUUGACACUUCAUGUCCUCUAGAGGUUUCAUCAAGUGAUUUAUAUUCCACUUCUAAUUCCCAUCUAAAUGGAAUGGCCUGGAUGGAUGAAGAUAAUUACAUGAGGUCAAUGGAACAACUUCCAAAUUUAAGUUCAUUGGAAACACUUCCACUUCCAGACUCCUUUUCCUGGACAAAUCCUAUCAACAAUUUUCAAACAGAACCCUUUGACCAUUUUUGGACCGAGCCCUUUCAUAGUUUCUGGACAGAACCUUUCUUUUAAAAUAUAUUCUUAUAUACCCCAACCUAGCCU